AUGUCUUAUAAGUCUGGUUAUAUUGAGUCCUCUAACGGCCCUCGCCGCGAGAGCUCGAGGUCGAGAGUCGAAGACUCUCAACAUGUGUAUCGUCCUACUGAAUCUGUACCCUAUGGGUCUUCAUCACUCCGCUCUCCCCCCAGUGCUCAACAUACGACGUCACCUCACGAUCUUGGAGAUCGUGAAUACUUUGAGGCCCAUCUUCCCGUGAUGCCGGCACGUUCGCUACGCGAACGCCAAGUCGCCGCCCAUCCACCGUCUGUUCCCUCCUUCGCCAGUCAUCAUGUUUCCCCGCCAACGGUACGUUCCCUUUGGGAACGCCAAGUCACCGAAGGCCCUACUAGUCAGUCCUCAUCGCACGCUUAUGACAUCAACCCGCUACCGCAACUAUAUGAAGUUCUCACCCAUCUCACAAGUCGCGACCUCGCACACGGUACGCUCCAUUGA